UAAAAAAGGCUGCACUUUUGUCUACGCCCCAUCGUCUAAAACUUUGCGUGUGUGACUCCAUGAAACAUUAUUUUUAUUUCAAUCUAAUUAUAGAGUCAAUUUAAUUUACCUCAUACCAGAGUUAGUCGAGAUAGAGAGCGUGGAAACAGUGACGGUUUAGAAGUGAAUAAAGAUCGCGAAAACAUGUGUUUUGAUGUGAACAUUGCGUGAACACUGAUGACACUAGCAGAGGAUAUAUGUCAACAAUUUGUAAUUAUUUCAUAUAGGGGCUGGUGGAUUUGUGUUUUUUCUUAACAAUAAGUCCUGUGAUUGUUUAAACGUGAAGCUUGGUUGUGAGAAAGUUGACGGCUCUGUUGGAUUUAUUGGAGAGAACCCAAUCUUACUUCCGGCAGUGAUGUGGGGCCGGUAGAACUGAAUCUGACUGUUACAUCCAGCAACGAUAUGGCGAACCCUGCGAUUGGAAUUUCCUUUGAUCCAAAUGAUAUGUCCAGUUGGUACUUCGGCGGCCUGUCCCGAGCUGAGGCCACGAAGUUACUUCUCAAUGAAACGGAGAGCGGCGUCUUCCUCGUGCGAGACUCUAAGACGAUACACGGAGACUAUGUGCUCUGUGUAAGGGAAGACGACCGCGUGUCGCAUUACAUAAUAAACCACGUGGUGUCUGCGGAUGGCAGCACGAGGUUCCGUAUCGGUGAUCAGCUGUUCGCGGAUAUGCCGGCGCUGCUUGCGUUCUACCGACUUCAUUACCUGGAUACCACGCCACUUGUGCGUCCGCUGCCGCAAGCACGCGCCCGCGCGGCCGCGCCCCCGCCGCCUCAACCACACACCGUGUUAGAGCUCGUCAUCGCAAAGUUUGAUUUCGUCGGCAGUGAUGCUGACGAUCUACCCUUCCGUCGUGGUGAACGACUGAUGGUGAUCAACCGUGAUGAGGAGCAGUGGUGGACGGCGCGGAAUGCUCACGGACGCACGGGCUCCAUACCAGUGCCCUAUGUGCAGAGGAUCCUAGACGCGUCGGGUGCGCCGUACCCGCCGGCGGAGGCGCUCAGCCAGCUCGGCGACCCGCCCAGCCCGCCCGGCGCGCGCCACCCGCAGCAGCGCACCAACAUGCAGCAGCGGUCGCUGCCGGCGCUGGCGCGCGUGCGACAGACGCGUGUUCCCAACGCGUACGACAAGACAGCACUCAAACUGGAAGAAGGAGAUAUUGUAAAGGUAACCAAAAUGAACAUCAACGGACAGUGGGAGGGCGAGCUGAACGGCAAGAUCGGACACUUCCCUUUCACAUACGUCGAGUUUCUGGACGACACUGCCAGCUAAAGAAAUAUCUAUUAAUAUAUUAUACCAAUGUGUUUGUGAUCAUUUACAGUGAUACUAGCAACACAAAGAAUUAUGUUAUCUGUUAAAUGAAUUGACAGUAUCUGUGCAAUCUGACAUUUGAACGCUGUUUAAUCUAUGGGAUAACGCUGUUUGAUCUAUGAAAGUUGUGUUUAAUCUGUGGCAGAACGCUGUUUAAUCUAUGACGGAUGUGUUUAAUCUGUGGCAGAACGCUGUUUAGUCUAUGACAUGUGUAUAAUCUGUGGCAGAACGCUGUUUAAUCUAUGACAUGUGUAUAAUCUGUGGCAGAACGCUGUUUAAUCUAUGACAUGUGUAAUAAUCUGUGGCAGAACGCUGUUUAAUCUAUGGACGUGUCGCGGUGACAAUUUGCCCACCGAGCGCUCGGGCUAUGUUAAUUGUAACGCUGUUUUAUUGCUUGUAUUUUGGUAACAUUUUUAUAUUAUGUUAUACGACGGAUCCUCGUAGUUUAAGAUACGCACAUUUUUAACCUGGUUUUUAUUUAAUCUAUAAAUAUGUUGGCUUUUUUCUUUGCCUAUAGCAUUUUAAUGUUAUAUUUUAAAAAAGCUUUUAAAUCAAAGAUUCGAUCUUUAAUCGUUGAGAUAAAAAUGCAUUAAUAAAUAAUUUAUCGGGCUCGAAGGAUCAAAAAUUCUAACUGCUAGUGAAAACACGCCUUAAUUUCCCAAAUAAUAAGGAAUUGACUAAUACAUCGAAAAGUUAUCAAACUUUUGUACUAUUUAAAUGUUUUUGUACUUUAAAUUGGAUACAAAGUACAUAAUAAAUUAUUUCACUAUAUUGUUCCGAUACACAAUUUAUAUAGUUGUUUACAGUUUAAACCAUUUAUAUAUUUGUACACAGUACCUAUUUUAUUAUUGCAAACUGACACAAGUUUAUAUUAAAUUUUAUACGGAUAAUAUAUGGCCGGAAUUUUAUAUAGGUAUAAAUUUAAAAAAAAAAACAUUUAAUAGCUUAUAAUUCAAUGUAACAAAACUAACAGAUUUAGCAUUCUGGGCUAUAACAAAAAUUGCAUGAUACAAAAAUAAGGGAUUUUAUUAUUUUAUUUUAGGGCAACUGCAAUGGCGAAUGUUCAAAAUUAUAUUUAUAUUAAAUUAUCUUGCUUGUUUUAUAGAAUUAUUAUCUACGUUUUCGAUUUAAAUAUAGUUUACAGUCAGCUUAAAUACUUAGUUCCAAAAACUUGUAUACAAACACGACCAUACGUUUCUAAAACGUGGGCGUGUUUGUAUACUUGCGGCCAUAAAUGUAUUUUUUGAUGGUUAAAUGUAUUUUUGAUAUAGAAAUCGUUAAAUUUAUGUUUUAUAAACGUAUAAAGCUGACUGUACAUCAAAAUUUUAUUUUUAAGUAUAAUUUGUUCACUGUCUUAAGAAUUUAUUUCGUUUCUUAUGUAUAUCUCUUUCCUUUCUUUUUUUAUAAUAUCUUUGUUGCUGUAUUUAAUUUUGUUUACGAAAACGUAUUUUCAUAAUAAUUCUAAAAACAGUAACACUUCCAAAUUAUAGUCAAUAUUUUUAUAUUUGCUGAUGCAAUGAUUUUUUUAUAUUAUUACUUUCGUAUUAUAAAGGCUAAGUUUAAUACAUUUUUAUAUUUACUUAUAAAAGUCGAAGUCCCAAACAUAAUUAAAAUGGCCAUCGACGAAAUCGUAAAUUCAAAUUCGACUUCUAACUUGAAAAAAUAGUAAACAAAAAUAUUUAAAUAACGGCUGUUUACGAUUCCUGGAUUUUUGUACGACUUUUUUAAUGUUAAAACCACUGAUCUACACAUGGAUAGGUUAUAAAACGGACUUGAAUUGAUAAUAAUAGUAUUGUUUUUCUUAAAAUGUUAGUAGAUUUUUGUUAAUUUACUAAUAUUUCCUUUAUAUUCGCUAAGCUGUAGGCUUAUGCUAGGAUAUGGUUUUCAAUAGUUGUGUCGGGAUUCGAACCCACGACUGCAAGAUCUGUAGUAGACGCUUAGUAUGUGAGACGACGUUUUAAAGACAAUUUAUUUAACCCGGGCAUAAGUCUAUCUAAAUUGCUCACUAGCGCCCUAAUGGCCGGUUUCCCGGCUCAUUUAACAAUGCGUUUUUCGAUAACCGUUAAAUCCGCUUCCGAACGAACUAAGUAAAGAUAAAAUAAAUGGUAACUUCAGAAACCCAGCAUGAGUCAAUGGAUUCAAGUGAAGAUACUUGUAAAAUUCGAAUCCCGCUGAGAUUUUUGAAUUUCAUAUGUUCGUAUAUUAACCAACGUUUUUACGGCUAAGGAACAUAUCGUGAUGUCUAUAUCCGCUAAGAAAUUCAAAUCUUCAUCCUUAUCUUACUCCAGUAGGGUCGGCACAACAGGUUUUUGUCCUCCAAAUAACUCUAUCAUACGUCAUCUGUCAUCACUCCUUUGAUCAUGUC